CUUCAGAGCCAGACACACUUGAGGUACUUUUCCUGGGCCGCCUCAGUUUUGCUCAUAGGUAAAGUGAGCUUGAAUCCCCUCCUCCUGGAAGGCUAUUUGGAGGCAUUGGAUGUUAUACAGGGGCGUGGCGGUCGCACCUGCGCGAGUUGGGUGAAGGAGGAGGAGGAGGAGGAGGAGGAGCGAGGUGACGCAGGCGUAAUAAUAGAGAAGGUGCCAGAAAGAUCCAAAACAAGUGGCUGCGGCCGUCGCCCAGGAGUCAUCGGACGCCGGAAUCUGGUGGUGGGCGGGCAGCUGACCGAGUGCGAACUGGAGCUCCUGGCCUUCCUGCUGGAUGAGGCUCCCGGCGCCCCCGGAGGCCUGGCCCGUGCCCGCAGCGGCCUGGAGCUGCUUCUGGAGCUGGAACGCCGUGGGCAGUGCGACGAGAGCAACCUGCGGCUGCUGAGCCAACUCCUGCGCGUGCUGGCCCGUCAUGACCUACUGCCACAUCUGGCCCGCAAGCGGCGCCGGCCAGUAUCCCCCGAGCGAUACAGUUAUGGCAGUCCUGGCUCUUCUUCCAAAAGAACAGAGGGCAGUUGCCGGCGUCGGCAACAGUCAGGUAGUUCUUCUGAUUCCCAACAGAGUCAGUGGGACACAGGUUCCCCUCCUACCAAAAGGCAGCGGCGGAGUCGGGGACGCCCUAGCAGUGGUGCCAGGCGGCGGCGGCGAACAGGCCCAGCAUCUGUGCAGCAGCAGCACCAGGAGCUGGGCAGGCCCUCAUCAGAAGGCAAAGUGACCUGUGAUGGGGAAACAGGCUCAGAGAGGUGAGGUCACAUGCCCAAGGCCUCCCAGCUAGAGUAUGGCAGAGCUGGGACUCAUUUUCAGGUCUGUGGGACUCUACCAGCUGCCUCUGCCUCUGCCUCUGCUCUGCCCAGCCCCACAUGGCCUUGGGCAAGUUCUGUUUCUCCACUCCCUGGUCCCCACUCUCAGUUGGGAAGGAGUGGUCAGAGGCUUUUAAUGGGAGUCAGGGA